AAAAAAAAAAGAAAAGAAAUGAGUGGGGAUCAUAAAGAUUGGAGUGUACAAGCUAAGAAUAAACUUGGAAAUCCCAUGUUCCUGUUGCCCUUGAAUAUUGGCUCAAAAUCCUGAAUAUGAUGCUUCAGAGUCUCCAAACUAUUGGCUCUUUUUGAAAUUGGGCGCCAGGAUUCCCGGGCCAAUGCCAUAGAAGAAGGCACCGGCUCCCGGAAACGCUCCUUCCCUUUGAGGGGCUGGAGGGGGGGGGGCGGGGCUUCCGCGCAUGCUCUGUACCCUCAGGCCCUCAUCGGAGCGGCCGCUCGACGCAUGCGCAGGACUUAAUGGGUGCCCGGACGCGGAAGAACUGGCCCCACGGAGGCUCCGGCUUCCGAAGCGAAGCGUGGGAGGUUAUAGAGGUGGCAGGUUAUAGAUAUUGAUCUUGGCCCUUAGGGUUCCCCGGGCCAUCAGAACCUGAGAGGAAGAGAAGGCACCGCGGUGGUGGCCGAGGGGAGGAAUCUUUCCUCCAGUCCUCGAGGCGGGAGGGGCCAGGGUCGGGAGUAGCCCCGAUCCCCGGGCUGAGGAGUCUCUGGACCGGAUCCCGGAGCAUGGGAGGCUGGACAAAGUCCCCGACCAUGGGGAGCUCGAUCUGCCGAGACCUCUCAGCCAGGCCCUGCCCGACUGUCGGGUCCUGGUUGCUAACGCUGCCCAGGCAGCCACGGCAUCUAUAGCCGGUCCCGGCCAGUGGCCCGCGGCGAGAAAGAGAGCGGCAUGAGUUCUGCCAUUGCCUAGUUUCCUCCCCUUCUUUUCUCCCGCUGGCCUUCCUCUCUUCUCUUCCCCAUACCUCCUCCUCCUUCCUUCCCGUCCUGUGCUAUUUUCCUCCCGUCUUUCCUCCUUUCCCGCUUCUGCCCGCUCUUACCUCUGCCCUGCCUUUCCAUCUAUCCUCCUUCCAUCCCUCUUCCUCUUUUCCCUCUUCCCUGCGCUUGCCUUCCCGCCGCCCUUCUUUCCUCCGUCCCCCUUCUUCAUCCUGUCGCCUUCCAACACAACCUCCACCCUUCUCCCCUUUCUCACCGCGGUCCUCCCUCAUCAGCUUCCUCCUUCCCUCCUCCUCCCUCCUCUAUUUUCUCCGCCCCUAAGCCUCCGCCCCUUAGCCCCCGCCCCCAGCUGCCAGUCCCCAGAAGCUCAGUCCUGCAGUGAGUCUUGCGAGCCCAUAGCUAAGCACCAGGAGCUGAGUACUGCCCGCUGUGCCUGCCUGCAAGUCUCUGACAUGGCUCAGGAGAAAAUGGAUCUGGACUUUGAGCCUGGCAUAUCUCGUGGGAGAACCCUGAGGAGGUCCAACAGCGCUCCCCUGAUCCACGGGCUCAGUGACCUUUCACAGGUUUUUCAACCUUACACAUUUAAAACUCGGAGGAACAGUACAACAAUUAUGAACACUCACAGUCUGUUGCUGUCAUCUUCAACUAAUCGUAUCCCUAGUAGCAGACUGCAUCAAAUCAAAAGGGAAGAAGGCCUGGAUAUAAUGAAUAGAGAAACUGCGCAUGAAAGGGAAGUGCAAGCAGCAAUGCAAAUAAGCCAAUCAUGGGAUGAAAGCUUGAGCCUGAGUGAUAGUGAUUUUGACAAGCCGGAGAAAUUAUAUUCUCCUAAGAGAAUUGACUUCACUCCAGUUUCCCCAGCACCUUCACCCACCAGAGGAUCUGGAAAGUGCUUUUCGCCAUCUUUGCAAAUGUUUGUGAGUAACAGUGGGUUGCCAUCAAGUUCUGUCUCUAAUCCAAGACGAUUUUCAACCAGGAGAAGUCAGAGUCCAGUGAAGUGCAUUAGACCCAGUGUUCUUGGUCCUCUUAAAAGAAAAGGUGAGAUGGAGACAGAAAGCCAGCCGAAGAGAUUCUUUCAAGGCGCCCCCGGCAUGCUCUCUCCGGAUACAGCGCAACUGUCUGAUCUCAGUUCAUGUCCAGAUAUUUUGGAUGGCAGUAGUAGCAGCAGUGGCUUAUCCUCAGACUCACUGGCUACAGGCAGCGCUCCCGCAGAAUCUCCAGUAGCAUGCUCCAAUUCAUGCUCUCCGUUCAUCUUGGUGGAUGAUCUCUCAUACAAGUGACUUACCCUUUUCUGAUUGAGUGUUUUAACUGCUGUUUCCCACAUAAAACAUUUCAUAAGAAAAGCAGAGAACUUUGAUCCUUAGUGAGGAUUAAAGUCUGACAGAUUUCAACCAUUCUGAUGCUGUUCUUUUUGGGCAUCUCUUUCCUCCAAAGUUCAAUUUUGUGAAGUUACUAAUGUCUGGUUUUGCUUAUCUCGUUUUACAUCUAGUAACUAAAUCUCAAAUACUCAUUUAUCACUUUGAGGAUAUUUUUUGUCUUAGCACCUCAGUGAGAACCCAUUUUCAAAUCUGUGUGUUCAAGAAAGUCACUGAUGUGUAUUUUCUAUAAUGGUUCUUUUCCCCAGCAGUGAUACAACAGAGUUGAUCAGAAAUUCUCUUGCUUGAGAGAUUUUUUUGUUCCCUGUGUAUGUAUGACUACAUACUUUCUAAUCUCUUUAUUUUAUAGUGAUAUACAAAUUGCUUUUGAUUAUAUUAAAUUUUCACUUUUCUUCAUUGGCUUAAAGUGCAUUAUUUUGUUUCCCUUUCGUUUUUGAGCUGCUUCCUUGCCAUUCCUCACAGAGGGGAAGAAACGUAGCUGCUUCCAUCACUACCCUUAUUGCUUUUUUGCUGUUGUAGUGUAUGAAGUGAGCAUUGAUUUAAUAUUGAGAAUGUAAUUGAACUUACAGGAUUAGUCACUGCGGGUCUUUAUGACUUUGAUACCACACUUGAUAUUUCUCUCCCCAGACCUGUUGCCCUAAGGAAUAUAUAAAAUAUUGUUGAUAUUUCUAGGUGGUGUCACCAAGGAGAAGAAAUUCCUGCCUUGACCAGAUGUGUGGAGCAUCUACAAAUGAACGAGUAAUGUUCUUUACACAUAACCACUGUGUACAAAAGCAGCCGUCCACGGAGCUGUCAGUGUUUCUGGUGGUGUCAUGAGGCCUUAGGUGCCUUGGUACAUUGUCAUGCUAGAAGGGAUUUAUAUCGUAAGGUCGCAUGGAAAAGGAGGCUUUAUGUGUGUGAUUGCCACAUACUGUUUUGGUUGCUGCUUUUUUUGAUUCCUUUUUGUCAUUGGAUUUGUUUGUUUUGUUGUGUGGUGAUUGGUGUUUUGGUUAUUGUGUUGCUGUCAGAGUGGGAAUCCAGUUCUUAUUCAUGCUGUGUUACAAUUUGGCAGUUUAUUAUCUACAAGGAAGCUUUUAGGAGUUGUAAAGUCAGUGUUAGUGUGCAUUCCGCUCUAAAGAAGCUGUUUAAGCUGUAAACAACAUACAUUCUAGUAAGUGUGAAAUACCAAAUGUUAUUUAAUUUUUACAAGAAUCUCCUGAAUGAUUCAUUUAAGAAAUCUUGAGUGUAAUCUAAUGUUACAUGAUGUACUAUUUAUUUCACUCUGUAAAUGUCUGUUCUCGUAAGUUUCUUUUAAUAUUUGGACAUUGUGGUUGAAAUGUCUGUAUUUAAUAUGCACAUUUACACACUAAGAUCAUAAUACUCCAUUUUUAAGUGAAUGUAAGGAACGAAAACUACUGCACUUGUGUCUUUUGAAGGCAAAGAUCCUUGGACUUCAAAGGAAAAUGAUGUGCUUUGAAGGCACUUAGAGACUAGUAAUAGUGAAUGGUUUGAAGGGAAACCCAUUCUCUUUUGACCAUUAGAGAACAUCACUUGGCUUGCAGUACAGUAGUUCUGUCACAGAAUCAGACAUGUUCUUUGUUUUAAAUUGUAAUCGGCACCCUAACAGCCCUCACUAACUUUAGUUCUCGAGUUGCUUUUGCCUGUUCAAAGUGCAUAAUCAGUCAAGCCUAAUAUAAAUGUAUCUGUUAUGAAAAUUGCCCCCUUGUGUGCCAUUUUAAAGAAAAAUUUCUUUGAUGGUAUUCAGUGUAUCUAUUCUGUUUGUAAAAGGACUGUGCUAAGGUGUUUUUACCCCUGUAGUGAUAAUAGAUGGUUUUCUCUUUCAGGAGAUUUGUCUACUUUCAUUCUAUUAUCUUAUUUGCCUUAAAAGGACACUUGUAGGUUCUAAUGUAGGACUAUUAAGAGAUAAUCUUUGAAAUGUGAUGAUCUUUAAAUUUAUUUUUGAAUUUCAGUGGUGGGAUAGAACCUGUGUAAGAAAUUAUUUCAGUGGUCUUGAGUACCAGGAGGCAGGGUAAUUCACUUUGUUUAAAAGAAGGUUCAUUUUUGUUUCUUAUUGUUGAAAUGGACUAGUGGCUGGACAUGGUGUACACACCUGUAAUCCCAGAUACUUAGGAGGCUGAGGCAGGAGGGUCACAGCAAGUUCAAGACUAGCCUGGGCAACUUAGCAAGACCCUGUCCCAAAGGGCUGGGGGAGUAGCAGUGUGGUAAAGCACUUGCCUAUCUUGUGGGAGGCCCUGGUGCAGUCUCCAGUACCAAAAUAAAUAAAUGUAUAAAUAAAUGGACUAGAAAGUGAAGUUUGUGCAGACAUUGUUCUGAAAUAAGUAAGAGAUAUGCUAGCCCACAGAUGAGCUUUGUUGACAGUAUCCCUUUAUUUUUAUAUAAAGUCUUAAUAUUUGAAAAGUGGUUAUUGUUAUAAAGUAAAAUUCUCUUCUUAUUCUGAUAUAUCAUAUUUCAUGUUUCUAUUUGAAAACAAGUUAUUAUGAGAAAUAAUACAUUAGGGAAAUCCUAUAGAUAGUGUUUUGGCUUGAUAUGUAAUCACUGUGUUUCAUAAUAGCUUUCGGAAUAACAAAGUUUUGUGAAAUGCUGGCCUUGUGUAUAUCUUAGAAUGCAAAGGUAAUAAAGUGUAUACAUGCAUAAAAUACAA